UGCCUUUUUCUCUGUGAUAAUUCCAAAUGUAUGACCUACACAGAGGCUGAUAUAAAUGCCCAGGACAAGGAUGGUAACACCCCACUCCAUCUCUCCCAGAACUUGAAACUCCUACAGCCAUUUAGGAAGACAGUGAGCAACGAGAAGAAUGACAUAAACAUCCAGAUUGUAUACACCCUUCUGGAGAAGGGAGCUAACCUGUAUAUUAAGAACAACGACAAUUUAACCCCUGUUGACCUAAUUAUUGACCCAACCAUGAAGAAGAUGAUAGAAAAUAAAAAGAGGGAAAUGGAGAGAAAGUACGGUCAGGGUGGUGCCAACGAGCUUCACCUUUACCACGGCACAAGACCUGACAUAGUCGAGAACAUUGUACAACGCAUCUCAAGACUCGGACACCGGGUUUAAGACAAUGUUUGUAGCCAAAGUUUUUUUUUUUGGGGGGGGGGGA